AUGACCCUUGCUGAGGAGUUCCGUUCGAGAAAUUUCAGCAUCUACGGCCAAUGGACCGGCGUGGUGUGCAUGAUUUUGUGCUUUGCCCUCGGCAUCGCCAACAUCUUUUCUCCCAUCGUCCGGAUCAUUUUCUCCGUCAUCUGCCUUGCUUGUUCAUUCGUCAUCCUUUUCAUUGAAGUACCUUUUCUCCUCCGCAUCUGCCCGACGUCUGCCAAGUUCGAUGCUUUCAUCCGCCGCUUCACCACUAACUGGAUGCGCGCCGCUAUGUAUACCGCUAUGAGUGCUAUCCAGUGGGCCAGCCUCUGUACCGGUGCUUCUAGUUUAAUUGCUGCCGCCGUCAUGCUCCUUAUUGCCGCUCUCUGCUACGGGCUUGCUGGUCUGAAGAGCCAGGAGUUUGUCGGCAGCAAGACCUUGGGUGGCCAUGGUGUUGCACAGAUGAUUGUUUAA